CUAUCUAUCUGACAUUGACAUGACAACGCGUCUAACCUAAAAAAAAUAUUCAAAAUUUAUCAACAAAAGACAAAGUCAAGGUUUCCAAAAUGUUAUUUAUUUAUAUUUUAAGCUAUUUAGCUAUGCUCCUGCAGGCUGUGUUUCUUACACUAGCUACUGCCACAGGACUUUAUUACCUCGCCGAGUUGGUAGAAGAAUACACAGUAAUAGCCAAACAUGUCAUAACAUGGCUUAUUGUGGGCACAGCGGUAGUCCACAUUGGCUUCCUCAUCUUCGAGGACCUCCCGGCCACGCUGAGCCUCCUUGGCUUGUUCCAGCAGUUGAUCCACUGUGUCCUGCUCAAAGACUUCCCAUCGGUCCGUGUCACUAGUGUCCCGUUCGUGCUUGGUGUCACAACACUAGUGGCGCAUCACUAUUAUGCGUUUAAAUAUUUUGGUGAUGUGUAUUACAGUUUGACUGAGGUGCUGGGCUACUUCACCAUCUGCCUCUGGCUGGUGCCGUUCGGCUUCUUCGUGUCUCUCUCCGCCAACGACUAUGUGCUGCCCACCACCGGGGAGCGGCAGCAUUUGCUGGGUGACCACAACGUAGUGACGGACUAUCUCUCCCGUAAGUCCAAGCGAUACAGCCUUCUCUCCUUCUUCAGUUUCGCAAAAGACACGAUUCUACCUCAACGGGCGAAGAAAACCUUCUAGAAACCUCUAGUUAGACUAAUAAAUUGGACUCUGUGAAUCA